AUGGAGGAGAGAGCUGGUCAGCAAAAGCAGGAGGAUCCCAGCAUUCGUCUGGGAAAGCUACAGCACUGGGCAAGGCACAGGCAGAGUGGAACCCUCCUCGUGCUGGCGGUGAGCCAGCUAUGGCUGGCAAUGACUGUGGUGCCCUUUGCUGUCUCAGUCGCCUGCCUGAACUCUGAGUGUCACAUGGCCACAGCACUGCCCAUUGGGCCUGCAGCCUCGGGUCUCCUCACUGGGACUGUUACCCUGGAGCUGCGCAGAGCGCCCCGCCUCUGGAAGCUGACUGGCUUGCUGGUGGUGGAGCUCAGCGCUGAGGCCUUCACCCUAGGGGGAGUGCUGGUCUCAGCAUAUGCCCUAUUCCUGUUGAGCCAGAGGAAGCCAGGAUGCUGCAGGAAUCAGAGUCUGCACUACCAGGAGCUGCAGGAGGGCCUCUCUGAGUUGGAAGAGGUUCCAGUUUUGGAGAACGGUCCUACAGUGGCUACUGCAGCAAACGGAACAAAUAAGUGA